CAGAGCACUCGCAACACACUCACUCCUGCCCUUGCGAGCUUCGCACGCAGCGAUCGAGAGAUAGAACAGCGAGAUAAUGGUAGUAGCAGCCGUUGCUUGCUUGCAUUGGCUUAGCUAAGCUCAAGCUAGCUCCUACUACUCCUACCUGCUUCAGCUUUGCUUCCUGCGCAUGAGCUAGAUGCUCCCUCGCAUCCAUCUCCUAGCUUUCCUUCCCUUUCUCUCGCUGCUGCUGCUGCUGCUGCAUCCUCCUCUCCUGUGACCUGUCACAGCUUGGCCUAGGACUAGUAGGGAGUAGUGAUUCUUGCUCGCUUUGUUUCUCUGAAUCCUUGCAGCUUGGCUUGGCCUUGGCCUUGGCUGCUUUGAAUAGUACCUGACGGCCUCGUGGCGCGCAAACCUUGUCCCUUUUCCCCGCAAAUCCUUGCCGCCUUUUGGUCGCUCUCUGCUCCUCCUCGUCCCUCGCGCCGUCACCACCUGCUCUGUCUCCUCUCCUUCUUGCAGCUCGUCGUCGUCGUCGUUGAUCUUUGGCUAUAUAUUACUCCCUCCUGCUGCUGCUGCUGCACGGACGCAGUGAGGAGGAAGAGCUCGUGACUUGUUUUCAUCAGGAGUACAGUUGUCAGUAGCUGAUCGAGGUCGUCGUCGUCGCCAUCGAUGGCGUGGAGGAGAGGGUUCGGCCGGGAGGAGGAGGACGCGGCGGCGGCGGGGGAGAGCGGCCUCGAGCUCUGCCUUGGCCUCCCCGCCUACUUCUCCUCCUCCUCCUCCUCCAAGCCAUCGGAGGGAUCAACCGCUGCUCCUGCUUUUGCUCUCCGAUCCAAUGGAACCAAUGCCUCCAAGCCAAGCGGGGCAGCGGCGGCGGCGCCGGUUGUGGGGUGGCCGCCGGUGCGGUCGUUCCGGCGGAACCUCGCCUCGUCGUCGUCAUCGUCGUCCAAGCAGGCGCCGCCGCCGCCGUCGUCGUCGCCGCAGAACGGCGACAAGGCGAGCAAAGACGGCGGCGCGGAGAAGGGCAUGUUCGUGAAGAUCAACAUGGACGGCGUCCCGAUCGGGAGGAAGGUCGACCUCGCGGCGUACGGCGGCUACGCCCAGCUCUCCGCCGCCGUCGACAAGCUCUUCCGCGGCCUCCUAGCCGCUCAGAGCGCUGCCGCUGACGGCGAGGCCGACGCGGCCGCCGCCGGAGAGAUGGUCGGCGGCGGCGAGUACACGCUCGUCUACGAGGACGACGAGGGCGACCGGAUGCUCGUCGGCGACGUUCCCUGGCAGAUGUUCAUCGCCACCGCGAAGAGGCUGCGCGUGCUCAAGAGCUCCGACCUGCCGCCGCCGUCGCUGAUGAGGGCGGCAGGGAGCAGGAAGAGGGCAGCAGCUGACAGCUGAACUAAUCACUGUCAAUUUCAGCUGCUGCUGCCGAUGAUGAUGAAUUGAUCAUGGUGUGGUGCUUGGAUUGAGAUCCCUCUGCAGUCAAAUACACGGUCCUUUGUCAUUGACAGGUGGACCUAGGGAUUAUCGGGCCUAUAUGUUAAUGAUAACGUCACAUGACUUUAACUGCAGAGGAUUUUGAUCUGUGGUGCUUGGCUUUAUGGCCAUUUUGAUGUCUUUGGGCUGCAUAAUUAUAUGUAUACUUACGAGAGAUCAUGACGGUAUUAGUGGUCAUGAUUAGUAGUACGAUCGAGUAGCAUGGAACAGUGUUGUUAAUUACUAGUAGCUGGGUGAUUAAGCUAAUCUAUGGCGCCUUUGGUGGUGUAAUUUUGGAUGUAGGCAGGCAUGUGUCAAAUUAGUUAUGUGUUUUGUUAAUUAAGCGAUCUAGUUAAUGCGUUUAAGUUAA